AUGCUGCGUAUGCACAAGGUUCCUGAGAUGACCAUCUCCAAUGCUUGGCAGAUUGUGCGCCUGUGCUGCUCAGAGGUGAUUUGCACUGCCAUUCUAGCUUUCACCAUCGCGCGCUCCAUCGAAAAUCCACCCGGCCCUGCCGCCGGCUUCCUCUUUGUGCCCGUAUCGCUGUUUCUGGGCAUUUGGAUCGGCGGACCAGUCAGCGGUGGUCACAUAAACCCGGUCGUUACUCUAGUACUCUGUGCUUGUCGUUGGGUCUCCUUCAUCUACCUGCCCAUCUACUGGUUGAGUCAGUUCGUCGGCGUUCUGGUAGGUAUGGGCUUGGCGCACGGAUUCACCCUAGCAAUGCUGAAUGGUACAGAGCCAAAGAACUUGACCACUGAUGGCCUGCUGGGAGACUUCUUCUGGAUUCAUUUAGCAGCCGAGACGUUGACAACAACAAUGUUCCUGCUGACAGUGGUCUCAAGCGCUGAUUCAAAGAGGCCCGGGAACUGGACCGGCAGUGGCUUCUACACCAGUCUUUCGGUGGCAUCGAUGGCGCUCAUCAUCGGCUUAUUCUUUGACGCAAGGAUAGCCUGCUUUGUCAAUCCUAUUGUUCCGGUGGGAACAGCCAUUGUCUUUGGCAUAAAAACUGGCUUCUGGGUGAGUCUGUAA